AUGUCCUUCCAGACCCCAAAACCAUGUCCUUCCAGACCCCAAACCAUGUCCUUCCAGACCCCAAAACCAUGUCCUUCCAGACCCCAAACCAUGUCCUUCCAGACCCCAAAACCAUGUCCUUCCAGACCCCAAAACCAUGUCCUUCCAGACCCCAAAACCAGGUCCUUCCAGACCCUAAACCAUGUCCUUCCAGACCCCAAACCAUGUCCUUCCAGACCCCAAACCAGGUCCUUCCAGACCCCAAAACCAUGUCCUUCCAGACCCCAAACCAGGUCCUUCCAGACCCCAAACCAGGUCCUUCCAGACCCCAAAACCAUGUCCUUCCAGACCCCAAACCAGGUCCUUCCAGACCCCAAACCAGGUCCUUCCAGACCCCAUAACCAUGUCCUUCCAGACCCCAAACCAGGUCCUUCCAGACCCCAAAACCAUGUCCUUCCAGACCCCAAACCAGGUCCUUCCAGACCCCAAAACCAGGUCCUUCCAGACCCCAAAACCAUGUCCUUCCAGACCCCAAAACCAUGUCCUUCCAGACCCCAAACCAGGUCCUUCCAGACCCCAAAACCAGGUCCUUCCAGACCCCAAAACCAGGUCCUUCCAGACCCCAAAACCAUGUCCUCUCUGCCUCCCCCGAGGAGAACGUGGCCUCCGGGCCAGCGGGAAGGAUCCCUCAGCCCCAACGCCGCUCCCGACGUUCUGCCUUUCCUGCCCAGCUCCUCCCUCACCCAGGCAAGAAGGAGAAGGAAAGAGAAGGUUGAUGAGCCCAAAAUGUUGCCUGCAAGCAGCUCAGAAGCAGCGGGGGCUUCACCCAGAGCCACACACACACACACACACACAAAAAAGCUUUGCAUGCACCUCUCACGGACACCUAAAGGAGGUUUCCGCUACGCUCCUUCAUUUUUUAUUUUUAUUAAAAAAAAAAAAAAACUCUGACAAACAGGAAGAAAAGAAAAGUAGGAAUCCUAACCCAAGAGGUGGUUGAAAUCCCCUGGAAGUCGCAGCUUCAGGAGCUAGGGAAGGAGCCUUGGAGGCAG